AUGCUGGCGAGCCGAUAUAGCACACUGUCACCUGAGCUGAGACAACUUUUCUCGCCCUACGACCUAACUUUUCGGCUGAUCAACAUCGACCUCGAAGUCACCUCUGCCGGCCAACCUCUCUACCACAUUUUCGGCAGCCUUUCAGAUGGUUUAAAAGUAUGCGUUCACGUUCACAACUUCUACGCCUACAUCCUUGUGAAAGUGGGCGGAGAUUGGCCAAGAAACACAGUUGCGCUUACCGAGCUGUUCAAUCAUUUGGUACAUGAGGCUGAAUUGAAGAAAGCUCGAAAGGUUGGAUCGACAAAGCAGCCAAGAAAAUAUGUGCAAGGUGUGGAACUGGUUGAGCGCUACGAUGCUUACGGCUACCACCCCACGAAAGAAGUUUUUGCGAAAGUGGCGUUCUUCGAGCCAAGAUAUAGUGCUGCUACGCUGCUCUCCGAAUGGAGUACCAGGAACCAAUCAACUUUUGGAAGUGUCUACGAAGCGCAUUUGCCGCCUCAUCUGCAAUUAAUGGCUGAUCACUCGUUGUUUGGGAUGGAUUUGGUCACGAUUACCCUGGGCAGUGAGAGCGUUCAGUUUCGAAUUCCUGCACAUGCAACUGAUGAUGACGAGCUCCUUCCCACAAUGACAGUCGGGCGACUAAAAAGACGGGGACAAAUCUCGGCAAAACCUAAAUGCUCGACCUGCCGAAUAGAACUGGACAUUACUGUGGAUGCAAUUGCCAAUCAUAAGCUCUACAAAAAUAAUGAGUUUUCUCCAAACCCCGGCAUCGAGACUAUCUGGCUUGAAGAAAGACGACGUUGGGCUGAACAUGGGGUUUCUUUUUUUGAUGCGUUUCGGGAAGGAUCAACGCUUCGGCCACAUAUAACCGGAGUGGGGAAAGAAGCAGAGGAACGUGAUAGGUUGAAAGAAGUCGCCGAAUUACGGGAAAAAUUGGCGACGACAGUUGGUCCGGACCCCGAGCUUGCUUCGAUGCCGGAUAUGUCGUGGGCGGACUUUGCAGAUGAUCCAACUGAUUAUGAAGAAAAAGAGGAUGAACCUGACGAGCGCCCCGUCGAACAAGAAUAUCUGAUGAACGAAUACGCAGAAUUGGACGAGAUCUACAAUUGUGAAGCCUUGGAUAACGCCGAGGCAGAAGCCGACGCCGUGGGACCGGAGGUGCUAGAUAUCGAAACGAUGAAAAGGCGGCGGAAGAGCACGAAAACUAACGCCGUUCACUUCACGAACGAUCCGGAUUUCGAUUUCGAGGGAAUGAAUGAGGUUCACCGAGGUCGCUUGCGAACUCUACGUGUGAAUGUAACAUCAAACGCACCCCGGCUAAAAUUGGGAAAACGGAGUUAUAAAGAAAUCAGUGAAAGCGAACCAAUCGAGCAGGCGAGAUCGGCAGCGUCACCAGUCCCGUUAGCUGUUCCUCAAGCUAAGGGUAAUCCAACACCUGUUCCAGCAAAAAUUCUGGAACCAAAGUCUCCUGCAGAACCCGGGAUAGCGGCAGCGCCUAAAAUCGAGCACAAAACUCCUCUGCGUCGAAAAAUAUCAACCGAUCUCUACGCAGAUCCAGAAUCGCCUCUGACGGAUACGGUGUUGCUUCAAAAGUCCUUUUUCGUCUUGGGAGCGGCGGAGCCGAGCAGCGAGCUUCUCGGUUUCUCGGUUGCUUCCCUGGAAUUAAUGGCUGAAACAAAAACGGUCUUCCCGAAUCCUGAGACGGAUGCUCUCCUCGGGAUUUCGAUGUGUUUCUAUCCAUCAAUAUGCUCCUCGACACAUAUCCCUAGCAUCGCUUAUUUUUUAUCGACGAAGCCCGUGUCGGAUCUCGGGCCCGAUAAGAAGUGCGUAUUUAUAUGUUGCCAUCAACACGGCCUAACCGACGAUGAAAUCGAAAUGCGCCUGCUCGACAAAUGUGCUGAAAUCUUGAUACUGCAUGACCCAGACCUCCUGAUUGGUUAUGAAGUCGAUCGUGUAUCGUGGGGCUAUCUUAUGGACCGAGGGGAUGUUGUCUUCAAGAAGCAAGGGCGUAGUUGUUCGUUCUUCCAAACGAUUUCGCGUGUUCAGAAUGCGUACGCCGAUAAUAAAAUUCAAUGGGACAAGAAGCGGCGUGCUGAACGGGCCGCAAGUAUCGAAGGGCGCUGGUUUGGGAGUCAGGCCCCUAACCCGCCGCAUGGAAGAAUACUCGUUAACGCAUGGCGCCGUAUCCGGAAAGAAGCGCUUCGCUCGUAUGAUCGUGGAACAGCUACGAAGGAGCUGCUGAAGAAAUACAUCCCGAUGUAUUCCCAGGACUAUCUAUCCGAUUGGAUGACAUCUGGUGUAGCGGUGCUCAGAAGACAGGCCGUCGAAUAUGUACAAAUGCUUGCCAUAAAUACUGUACAACUUUUGAUGCGCAUCGACUUUUUCCAAAGGACCGCAGAAAUGGCGCGCGUUUAUGGGAUUCUGUUCGUUGAGGUGAUCAGUCGCGGAUCCCAGUUUCGCGUUGAAUCGAUGCUGCUUCGUUUAGCGCGUGUCAAAGAUUUUGCCUUGGCUUCAAUUUCGGAGAAACAACGCUCGAGCAUGCGAGAUCCAGAAUUCAUCCAAUUGAUCCUUGAGCCUGAGUCUGGAGUUUACUUGGAUCCGGUCGUCGUUUUGGAUUUUCAGAGCUUAUACCCCUCAAUGAUGAUAGCCUACAACCUUUGCUACACUACCCUUGUCGGCCGUAUCAGUGAAUUAGAAAAGGAAAAGCGAACUAUCGUAAUGGGUGGAAAACAUUAUGAAGUGCCGAAUUCUUCCGUCACGGAGUUGAUAAGCGGUUCACCAGUUCAUGUAUCUACUAACAAGGCUCUGUUCGUCCCCCAAAACACGAGGAAAGGACUGUUGCCAGCCCUCGUAGAAGAACUGCUUGCCACUCGCCUUAUUGUCAAGAAUUCGAUGAAAAUGACGAAAGACCCGAAUAUGGUUCGACUUCUCGACGCUAGGCAAGCGGCUCUCAAGCUUGUUUGCAACGUCACUUAUGGUUAUACUGCAGCUAGUUGGUCCGGAAGAAUGCCGUGCAUUGAGUUAGCAAAGACUGUCGACCCUGGAGUGCGCGUCAUCUAUGGCGACACGGAUUCCCUUUUUAUACACUGUCCGGGCAAGACGGUAGAGGAAGCUUUCGAAGUUGGCAACAAAUUAGCAGAAGUUGUUGAAAAGGCAAACCCUUGGCCAGUGGUACUCAAAGUGGAAAAGGUGUACAAAGGAAUCGCGUUAUUUACGAAGAAGCACUACGCUGGAAUGAAAAUUGAGAAGGCCGGUGAGACACCGGCGUUUGAAGCUAGAGGGAUUGAAACGAUUCGAAGAGAUUCAUGCAUGAUAACAAGUCAGAUGGUUGACAAAUUACUUCGACUGCUGUUCGACAACCAGCCGAGGAAAAUAAUAGAUGAGACGUUGAUGAAGUACGUCACUACCCUCCCUUUCAAAGACCUGGGCGGCUUUCUGCUUUCCCGUGACUAUCGUGCUCCAUAUACCUCAACUUGCGCCCAAUCCAUCGCCGGACGACAACUAUCUUCUGCUCGCUACUUUCGCCCGCCCAUGUGGAAGGAGCGCAUAUCUUUCAUCGUCGCUCAGACGGAAAACCCAACCACGGACCCGGUCUAUAUGGGCGUCCACGCGGUCGAAGAAUUCCAAAACCAACCGAACUUGAUGGUCAACUACUUUUAUUAUGCCAAAUCUCACAUCAUGGGACCCGCCGGACGGGUUUAUGGGCUGAUGAAAUGGAAAAUUGACGAAAUGAUGGCGAUGCACGCCUUGAAUACCAUGAGACACUCGUUACAGCUACACUGCGAUGCUAGCGCAAGAAAUGUGAUGAACACUCUGGCAGCACAGACGCGUCAAAUUGGUCUCUUCCGGAAGGCUUGUAAAAAGUGCUUCAAUCACGACCGCUCUGUCCUCCCUUCCGCCUGCAACAAUUUCACAUGUUUUUACAAAAGAAAAUUCGAUAAAGUGCGACGAGAUCUGGCGAUUCUGCUGGACUCUAACGCUGUUGAGGCGCCGGAAUGGGUGCAGCAUGGAGAUGCGGCCCGCAGUACUUAUCUCGGUUUUCAACCGGAUGCUGAAGACGUCGGCUAUCAAGUCUCAUUCUACAACAAAUUCAUCGAUCGCUGGUCCAACCGAUCGACAUUUCCCGAAGAAGCAGGGCCUUCUGAUUUUGAGCCUCCUCCCCCUAUCGCUACGAGCUUAGAAAUUGUGCCU